AUGUCCCUUGCAAACGACUCUCCCGAGCAAGCGGCUCGCGCGGCCAAGAUCUCCUCGAGAACAUUAGCAACACUCUCCGUGGAGUCGCGAAAUCAGGCCCUGGACGCCAUCUACGACGCUCUAUCACGCUCGAGAGAGCAGAUUCUGGCGGCCAAUGUCGUGGAUCUGGACAAGGCCAAGCAGGCUACUAGCAAUGGCGAGCUGAACCCGAGCAUCUACAAGCGUCUGGAUCUCUCACGCCCGGGGAAAUUCGAUGACAUGCUGCAAGGGAUUCGGGAUGUGAAGGCUUUGCCAGAUCCGAGUACGUUUUACCCCUUGCCUUGCCCAGCAUGUUUGCUCUCGGCUCCCAGUGUGCUUGUUUGUCGAGAUUCCGUUCGGUUCUAAACCGCUAACUCUCGCCAGUCGGCCGAGUCGACCUCCAGACAGAACUCGACGACGGCCUGAUCCUCCAACGCCAAACUUGCCCCAUCGGCGUCCUGCUCAUCAUCUUCGAAGCGAGACCCGAGGUCAUCGCCAACAUAGCCUCCCUCGCCAUCAAAUCCGCAAACGCAGCCAUUCUCAAAGGCGGCAAGGAAUCCACGGAAUCGUUCAAAAUCAUCGCGUCCAUCAUUUCCAACGCUCUGGAGGCGACUUCCGUUCCGAACGAUUCGAUACAGCUCGUGACGACCCGGGAUGCCGUGGAUCCGCUGCUGGAGCUGGGGCAGUACAUCGACCUGGUGAUCCCGCGGGGCUCGAAUGACCUGGUACGAUAUUGUCAACGGAAAGCACACAUGCCUGUCCUGGGGCACGCGGAUGGAUUAUGUAGUCUCUACAUCCACCCAGACGCAGACCCCCAAAUGUCCAUCGACGUCGUGGUCGAUUCCAAGACGGAUUAUCCAGCGGCGUGCAAUGCCCUGGAAACUCUCCUGGUACACGAAGAAGCCCUCGCCGCGAUCCUUCCAGGCGUCGCGAAAGCUCUCAUCGCCAAGGGCGUGACCCUCCGAUGCGAUUCCAAAUCCAAAGCUGCGCUCUCCACGGCUCUGGACCAGGAUGGAGCCGCUUCUUCCGUCCAAGACGCGACAGACGCAGACUGGGACACGGAAUUCCUGGACCUCGUCUUGGCAAUCCGCACCGUCCCCUCUCUCGCGGCCGCGGUGGAACACAUCAACACUCACGGCUCCCACCAUACCGAUGCCAUCCUUACAGCGUCCAAAGCGGCGGCGGACCAGUUCCUCAACAGCGUGGACGCGGCAUGUAAAUUCUGGAACGCAUCGACGCGCUUCUGUGAUGGCAUGCGGUUUGGAUUUGGGACGGAGGUGGGCAUCAGUACGAACAAGGUGCAUGCCAGGGGGCCUGUUGGGUUGGAAGGAUUGACGAUUCAUGAAUAUAGGAUCCAUGGACAAGGACAGGUUGCGGCGAGCUAUGGGAGUGGGAGCGGAAAGCGGAAGUACAAGCACGCGAAAUUGCCGGUUGUUGAGAAUGGAGUAUAG